CAGACUUGUACACGUAUGAGAUCAUUUUUCCAUGACACAUGUGCACAUGUGUAUGGUGAAAGCAUUGUCGGACAUGCAUAUUGAGUCUCUGGUCGUUUCAGCAGAUUCAUGCAUCCCAUCCCUUCCAUUCAUACCACUGCAGAGCACUGUGCAUUGGGAGAACCAUCCCAUGACGCAUACAUACAUUCCUCAUACUGCUCUCCCUCUAUGCUAAUGACCUGAUCAUUCGACAGCAGCAACACCUCCUCCUCACCCGCACAUCCCUUGGCAGGGGCCAUAUACACCCGCACGUUCUGACCAGCACAGUCGCUGGCAAUCAUGAGCUUGCCGAGGUCCACGAUGAGAGUGACCACGAUCGCCGGGCUGCCGGUCUUGCGGCUUUUGAGCUUCGCGAACCUUGUGGCUUUUCUCAUGUCGUUGGUGACAUAGAUGCCGACCCCUCGCCAUUGCAAGUCGUCAUCAGCAGCACAAGACGGGUUAAAUCCGACUGCACACACUCACAGGAGAACAAAGCUAAUGAGCUGCAAUAGCGGCAUUGGAAGCUGGAUACAGACCCUACCUGCCCGAAUUCUGUCUGCCGAGGCUUUGUCCGUCCCGUGAAGCACUCUCCGAUGUGAUUGUGACGUCCCCGUUCCGUCACAGACAUCGCAUGGAGACACGCAGCUCUGAUCGUUGACGACGCACAUGGUGUGCCCCGCCUGACAUGCGCACGCACAUUCCUUUGUCUGUCUGUCUGUCACUUAUUGACAAUGCGUGAGCAUGCUUUUGCCUGACCUCUGUCUGCUGUGGCAUCUCUUCUGUUGUUGCGCAAGUCGAUAGGGUACUGAUUGAGCAGUCAUCAUCCUGACGACACAACAGACAGAGAGCGACCAGAGGUGUGGUCUACACAGCAAUCGUGCUGUUGCUCCAUUCCAUACAUCUGGUAUGUCACUCAGCCGCUCAUCGCCAGUGAUGUUGACGGCAGAAUUCACCGACGAACGAGACCAUACCUGCACACACCGCACUCGAACGAGAUCACACGUGCAUCACACCAAGUCCGUGUGCAGGUCCGCUCACCACAGAUGGGGGGUCCUCUCGGUGGCUGCGUGUGGGCGUCUUGUGGAUCUUGUUCGGCGGUCUCUCGUUGGUCAGUCGACUCUUAGACGGUGCAAUCUGGAUGACAGCAGGGACAAUCAAAUGCAACGCCCCUUCGCCAUGGCUUACGCUCAUCGUGUUGCAGCCCUCAGACCACCACUGCUCAGACAGCUGGUCAAGCACUUGGCCCUGCAAUCAGAGGCAAUGCCCCUUCGCGAAGAGAUGAGUGAGCUCUCUUUGCUUGCUUACGGUCAUGGUGUUGGGCCACGAGUGCUGCGAUUGCUGGUCGAGCGGCUGAUUGCUGUCACGGCUGAUGAAUCCAUCUGCCAU